AUCUUUGUUCCAUACUUUUUCUCCUUUUUAUCCUAUGAUUGUACGAAAAAAAUUCUUUUUCUAAGAAAGCUAUAUCUCUGCAAUUUCAUUGGAGCUUUAAUUUGCUACAUUAAAGUUCCUUAUCACUUUCCUCAUUCUUGCUUAUAACUUUCAUCAUUUUUGGUGAAUGCAGCAGUAGAGAAUAUUUAGUUGCAUAAAUCACAGCCCUGGAAAAUUUUCUUAGCAAGUAAUUAAAAGUUCAUAAUCCAAGAAGAAGAGAUACAAAGGGAAGAUGGCAAACACGACAAACAAGAAAAAAGAGAAAAAAGUUCCUGGUUUAGUGGAUUUGGUGUUUUCUUGGUCUUUAAAGGAUGUGUUGAACAAAGAUCUUUACAGAGACAAGGUUAAAGUUAUUCCAGAGACAUUUGAGUCGAUUGAUCAUUACCUGAGGUCAUUCGUUACUCCACUUGUUGAAGAAACACAUGCUGAUUUGCUCUCAAAUUUGUCCACAGUUUGGCGAGCCCCUGCACUCGAGGUUCUUGAUGUUAAAAUAUCAAAAGACUUUAAGCCUCCCAAAGGUUUAUAUUACAAUAUUUUGUUGAAAAGAACUAAAGAGGGAGAAGGAGAGAAAAGUGAAGCAAAAAAUGAAUCGAAAUACAAGCCAGAGGUUGGUGAUCUGAUCGCGCUAACAGAUGUGAGACCAAGAAGAAUUGAGGAUUUGAACAGGCCUAAGAGAUCUUAUCUCAUUGCUAUUGUUCAAGGGAUGAAAAAUGAAGAUUCAGACAGGAUACCUAUCCUAUCUUCACAGCUUAUUCCGUUUCAGAAACCGGAUAGGGCAAAGGGUGAACAUGGGGACAAGCUUUUUAUCGUGUAUCUUUCUAAUUUAACAACGAAUAUUCGAAUAUGGAAUGCAUUGCAUUCAGACCUUGAAAAUGCAAACUUGGAGAUCAUUAAGACCGUGUUGAAAAGUGAUCCGGAUAUUGGUGAAGUUGACUGCUCCCUUUGCUCCGUUAGAGAACCUAAAACUAAUGCUGCUUUAUCAAUUUCAAGAGCCAUAGCUCAGUCCUUUGAGCUAGACAAUGCUCAACAAGAGGCUGUUGUAAGUUGUAUUGCUACAAGAGAAUGUGCUCACCGGAAUAUGGUAAAGCUAAUUUGGGGUCCUCCCGGAACCGGGAAGACCAAAACAGUUGCCUCUUUACUUUAUGUCCUGUUACAGAUGAAAUGCAGAACUUUGACCUGUGCACCCACGAACAUUGCUGUGUUAGGAGUUACAAAAAGGCUGAUGCAGAAUGUACAACACUUUCCACAAUAUGACACAUAUGGUUUAGGAGACAUCGUCUUAUUUGGUAAUGGGGAAAGAAUGAAGAUCGAUGAUCAUGAAGAUCUGUUCGAUGUAUUUCUUGACAACCGUGUUGCUGCUCUUGUUAGUUGCUUGUCUCCGUAUAAUGGCUGGAGAAUUGGUAUACAGUCAAUGAUAUGUUUGCUUGAGGAUCCCAAAGAGCAAUAUCGUAAGUACUUAGAAAAGCAAAAGGAUAAGGACCAUGACAGUGAUGAUACUGAGGAUAUAGAUGAUGAGGAAGAGGAAGAAAAAGGAAGUGUUACUAGUCAAGAAUCUAUUUUGGGCGAAAAAGAUGGAAAGAUCAACGACCAAGGACUCAAAAAAAAUAGAAAGAGUAAGUUGUGGAAGAAAUUUGUCCUUGACACCUUAAAAGAGAACAAGAAGAACGAUAAACAAAAUUCUCAAAAGAGGAACAACUCGAAAGCAACUGACGAAGCGAACAAGGUCAAGAAUAAAGGGGAGGCGAGCAACAAAGAAGCCGUUGUGUGGACAUUUGAGGAGUUUGUUAACAAAAGAUUCAAAUGGAUCCACAACCAGUUAAUAUUUUGCCUAACGGGCUUGUACACACAUCUACCUACUUCUUUCAUUUCACUGGAAGUAGCAAAGGAAAUGAUCAGACUACUUGAGAUGCUUCAAACUCUUGGAAAAUUGUCUGCUACUGUGGAACCAUCUGAAGGAUUAAGAGAAAUUAUACUGGGAUUUUGUACAAGGAAUAAGACAAGACUUUUUAAUAUUCGUGCAAUGAAAACAGAAUGCAUAAAAGUAUUGAAAUUUCUUAACGAAAGUAUCUCUCUUCCCAAUUUCAUCGAGGACUACCAAAUCCGAAGUUUUUGUCUGAAAGGUGCGUGUUUGAUUUUCUGCACGGCUUCUAGCUCAACGAAGUUGCAUACAGAAGGAAUGACGCCAAUGGAGAUGGUGGUAAUUGAUGAAGCCGCUCAGCUGAAAGAAUGUGAAUCCACUAUUCCGUUACAACUCCCCGGUCUCCGCCAUGCUAUACUCAUCGGAGAUGAGAAACAAUUGCCUGCAAUGGUUCAGAGCAAGAUCUGUGAGAAGGCAGAGUUCGGCAGGAGCUUAUUUGAAAGGCUAGUAAUUUUAGGACACAAGAAGCACCUUCUCAAUGUUCAAUAUAGGAUGCAUCCGGAAAUAAGUAUGUUCCCGAAUAGAGAGUUCUAUCAGAAGAAAAUUAUGGAUGGUCCGAAUGUGAAAGGAGCAGAAUAUGAGAAGAGAUAUCUUAAAGGAAGUAUGUUUGGCUCCUAUUCAUUCAUUAACGUAAGUACUGGAAGUGAGGAGGUUGAUGACAAACACAGCACGAGAAAUAAGGCAGAAGCUUUCGUUGUAGCUGAGAUACUUGCCAACCUUCACAAAGAAUUUGUCUCUUCAAAACAAAAAGUUCGUGUUGGUUGUAUAUCUCCUUACAAGGCUCAAGUUUAUGCUAUUCAACAAAUUCUUGGCAAGACAUAUAGCACAGAUGUUAAGAGUGACUUCUCAGUGAACGUACGCUCCGUUGAUGGUUUUCAAGGUGGUGAAGAGGAUGUGAUAAUUAUCUCUACUGUUCGUUGUAAUCUUGGUGGAUCAGUUGGUUUCCUCUCUAAUCUUCAGAGAGCUAACGUGGCACUAACACGAGCAAGAUACUGCCUUUGGAUAUUGGGAAAUGGCACAACUUUGGUUAACAGUGGUUCCAUAUGGAAGAAUUUAGUCAUUGACGCCAAGGCUCGUGGCUGUUACUUUGAUGUUACUGAAGACAAGCGAUUGAAUCAAGCAAAUUUGAAUGCCACCACUGAAUUUGGCCAGCUAGAAAUGUUACUCAGAACGGACUCCUCUAUAUUCCAAACAGCCAAGUGGAAGGUUAUAUUUAGCGAGGAUUUCUCAAAGUCCAUCGCUAUAAUUAAGGAUGUGGAGAUCGGCAAGGAAGUGGUUUCCCUUUUGGUGAAACUUUCAAGUGGUUGGCGUAAGUCGGAAAAGAAUAGCACAUUCAGCAACAAGGGCGGGAAUUCUUCUGUACCGUUGGAGGUGUAUGGUGUCAAGCACCUAAAACUGAUUUGGACUAUAGAUAUUCAGCAGCAGAAAUCGAUGUAUGUUCAAGUAUUAAAGAUAUGGGAUAUUUUACCAGGAUAUCAUAUACCAAAGUUGGCAAAGGCCCUUGACAUCCAUUUUAGUAAAUAUACAGUGGAUAUGAUGAAUUGUUGCAAAUACAAACGUGUGGAAAGGAACUUUGUAUUUCCAAUGACUUGGCCAAUUGAUGGAAAUGUUGUCUCAAGAACCAGCUCGGCUCAUGAUGACCGAGAAGACAACUUGGCACGUCAAUUGGGAGGGAUGAGUUUGAGGGAUAAACCAGGAUCUUCAAGAAGUUUCAAGUGAGUAUAGUAAUUUUCAGAAGUCCAACAUGAAGAAAGGACAAUUGUUUCGCGAAGUGAAAACCAAAUCAACUUGCUGAUGAUUUUAUGGAACGAUAUAUGCGCAACAAGUCCUAAUAGGAGGCCUUAUUGCCUAACAAAGGUAAAAUACUGGCAUAUAUAUUACAAUGGCACAAAAAAUACUGGCAUAUAUCUAUUACAAUGGCACUAAAAAUGCUGGGCCUAUUGUUACCCCGUCUGUUCAAUUUUUUGUGACAAUAUUUGUUCAUUCCAAUAU